AAAACAGUCAAACCAAAGAACAACAAGAAGCCUUCCCAGCUCAAGGUAGCAUACAAGCGUGUCGAUCAGCUUUGGGAUGAGACCAUUCACAACUACAAGCUCACCAAGACCGUCAAGAACACUGGGGAUUCUGAAUGGGAUCAAUACAUCUUCACCGUCCGUCGAAGAUUCGACACAGAGCACAAAUAUCUGGGGACCAUCGUCGACAUCAAAUCGAGACCGCUCAAAGAAUGUCUACAGGUCGUCUUUGAAGGCAUUCAAGGUGUUAGCCUCCACGACUUCAAACCCCAAGUCGACCCCAAUAUGCUCUUCCUGCACCUGGAAGACAUGCGGUCGUAUGUGGAUCUGUGCCAGAACGCCGCCGUUAAUAGCGACCGCAUUGGGGGCAAGGAAGACCUCGUUGAUGAGCAUUCGACCAAGGCAAAGCAUCUAGAGGUGAUGGUCAAGUACCUCGACAAGGACUAUGAUGAGACCAAGAAGAGCCUCCGCAUGCUGGAAAAUGGUCAGAUCACCUUUGACCUUCUCUGGGCUCUGUAUAAGCCUGGAAUCAUUGCCUACUGUGCGACCUACGGCGAUCACGAGGAACCUCGUGCUUUCAAGAUUGACGCCGCGACCAAACAGACCCACUUUUCGAAGGGUACCUGGUACAGCGUCGAGGGGAGAUACCUCGACUACGAUGGCAAAACCUUUGGAAUGACAGGCUGUCUUGAUGAAGUGCCCAUGUUCGAAGGAGCUCGUGAUAUCACAGACUUGGAAUGCUAUCCAUUGAAAUACCACAAAGAUGCCGAAACCCUCGAGGCCGAGCUGAUCCAACGAGGCAAACAAUUUGUGUCUCUUCAAGGCAUGAACUACCGCUACUACAACAGCAUGGCAUACCAGAGAGUUAAGAAGGGCGUCAUGAAGAUCAACAUCGAUGGUCGAAUCAUGGUUGAUGCAGCGGUUCAUCGUCGAGUCAAUCCUAACUAUCGGAGCAUUCCUUUCAAACCGAAGACCGGCGCAGCUCCCCUCAAACUUGUCGAUGCAGAGGAAGGGAAACUUGAGUCUGAACAGGAGAGCAGCACUGACGAGGUUGUUGAUCGCCCCAGAUGCAAGGUACGGAAAUACCGAUUUCUUCAAACGGCGGACGGCAAACGAGUUGUCCUUGACAUUACCGGUGACAAGAGCACCGUCAUUGACCGGGACUUUGUCGCAGAUCCGAAAGAAACGAUGCAUGAAUUCACCUCCGAAGAACUCAUUGUCGCCAGUCCCGUGGUUCUAGGUUUUGCUUUCGCCGAGAAGCUUUGGUUAGAAUUCAAAGUCUCUGCUAUUUCCGAAGUGGUUUACAAUGCCGAGGCCUUCGACUCACUUGUCCUUCCGGAGAGUCAGAAGUCACUCGUCAAGGCUUUGGUGUCAAGCCACUCCUUCCAGGGUCACAAGAGUAUCGAUGAUAUUAUCUCCGGUAAAGGUCGUGGCUUGGUGGCGGUGCUGCACGGCCCUCCUGGCACUGGAAAGACUCUGACAGCAGAAGGCAUCGCAGAUUUGCUCAAACGCCCAUUGUACAUGGUCAGUGCCGGAGAUUUGGGCACGGAGGCCACCAGACUGGAAAAAGAGCUGCAGAAUGUUCUUGACGUUGCUCACAGCUGGGGUGCCAUUCUUCUCCUGGAUGAAGCCGAUGUGUUUCUUCAGGAGCGCUCCAUCCACGACAUCCAUCGCAAUGCCUUGGCGAGCAUCUUUCUGCGGCUGCUGGAGUACUUCCAAGGCAUUCUUUUCUUGACCACCAAUCGUGUCGAGACGUUCGACACUGCCUUUGUCUCCCGAAUCCACUUGUCGUUGCGGUUCCAGCCCCUGACAACAAAGGCCAAGAAAACUGUAUGGAAGCUUUUCAUCGACCGUGUCAAGAAGCAAGAAGGGAUGGAAGUUGCAGAAAUUCGGGAGUCAGAUAUCACAGACUUGGCUCGACGUGAUGUCAAUGGACGACAAAUCAAGAAUCUUGUCCGGGCAGCUCAAGCUUUGGCGGUUUAUGAGGACGUUCCCCUCAGCAUGAUGCACAUCCGACGGGUUAUUGACGUGGUGGAGAACUUUGAGGUGGAUCUCAAGGGAGGAACUGGCUUUACAGAUGCGAUGAGGAGUGAGUGCAUCUACUCUAGUGCUCAUCAUGACUUUGCUAAUACGCGAAAUAGGUUACACUUGAGGAGUUGGACUGCUUGGACAUCUUGA